ACCGGUUUCUGUAUGCCAUGCGUCUCCAUGACGACCAGCUAAGAGACUUCUCGUCUCGUUUCCAAGCUGAAAUGAAGAAGGGGCUUUCAUCAGAGAGUAAUGCUGCAGCAGCUGUGAAGAUGCUGCCGACUCAUGUUCGCUCCACUCCUGAUGGAUCAGAGAGAGGACAGUUCCUUGCAUUGGACCUUGGAGGAUCCAAGUUUAAAGUGCUCCAAGUGAAAGUGAGAGAGGGGAUGGGGAUCAGGAAGGGAGGAGUGGAAAUGGAAGAAAAGACCUACCCCAUACCCAAAGAGCUUAUGAAUGGAAGAGGAACAGAGCUCUUUGACCAUGUGGCAGACUCUCUAAAGGACUUCCUGCAUGAGAAGAAAAUCAGUGUGGAGAAGAAACACCCUCUGGCCUUCACUUUCUCUUUCCCAUGUGAACAGGCCAGGGUGGAUCAGGGAUUUCUGUUGAGCUGGAAUAAAAAAUACCGGGUUCGAGGCCUACAGGGUAAAGAUGUGGUCCAGGCCCUCAGAGAUGCUAUUGACAGAGCUGGGGGUAUGGAUGUAGAGGUGUUAGCCAUGGUUAACGACACUGUAGCAACCAUGAUGACCUGCGGUUUUGAUGACAAGUACUGUGAUGUUGGACUCAUCAUUGGUACUGGCACUAAUGCGUGCUACAUGGAGGCUCUCCGUAACGUUGACCUGGUGGAGGGAGACGAGGGCAGGAUGUGUGUGAACACAGAGUGGGGAGGCUUUGGAGACGAUGGGGCUCUGGAUGAUUUAAUCACAGAGUUUGACCGGGAUGUGGACGCAGCAUCCAACAAUCAAGGAAAACAAAUCUUUGAGAAGAUGACCAGUGGGCUGUACCUGGGUGAGAUUGUGAGGCUGGUGGUAUUAAAGAUGGCCAAACUGGGACUGCUGUUUGAUGGCCUUGUGUCUGAUGCCCUGAGGACUAAAGGGAAGAUCACCACUGCAGAUGUAGCAGCUAUGGAGGAGUACAAAAAUGGUCUUAAGAAUACCACAAACAUCCUCACAGAGCUUGGUUUGAAUCCAUCUAAAGAUGACUGCAUUGCUGUUCAACAUGUCAGUACCAUAGUGUCCUUCAGGUCCUCAAACCUGGUGGCUGCAGGACUUGUGGCCAUCUUGACUCGAAUUAAGCAAAACCGGAAUUUGAGGACAUUGAGGAUCACUGUGGGUGUGGAUGGAACCGUAUACAAGACCCAUCCACAGUAUCCUAAACGCCUCCAUAAAGUAGUGCGCAGGUUACUUCCUGAGUGCCACGUCAGGUUUGUUCUCUCAGACAGCGGCAGCAGCAAAGGGGCUGCUCUAGUUACAGCAGUUGCCCAGAGACUGGCAUCCCGAAGGAGACAGGUGGAUGAGACUCUGUGUCCCUUCAGACUGAGCCAGGAGCAGCUGCAGCUGGUGAAGACCAGGAUGAGGAUGGGACUGGAGGCAGGGCUGAAGAGUAAAGGCCCAUCUACUAUCAAGAUGCUGCCUUCUUUUGUGUACCACACACCUGAUGGAACAGAACAUGGAAAGUACCUCGCCUUGGACCUGGGAGGAACAAACUUCAGAGCAAUGUUGGUGAACUUCAAAAGAGGUCUGCAACAGAAUGCAAAACUUUACCACAAGAUCUACACUAUACCAGUGGAGAUAAUGCAAGGGACUGGAGAAGACUUGUUUGAUCAUAUCGCGCAGUGUGUGAGUGACUUCCUCGACUACAUGGGGAUGAAGAACGCUCGUCUUCCUGCAGGCUUCACCUUCUCUUUCCCCUGUGAGCAGACAGCUAUUGACACAGGCACACUGGUGAGCUGGACCAAAGGCUACAAGGCCACAGACUGUGAGGGACAUGAUGUUGUUGAAUUGCUGAGAGAGGCCAUCAAGAGACGCAACGAGUUUGACUUGGACAUAGCAGCAGUUGUCAAUGACACAGUUGGGACCAUGAUGAGCUGUGCGUAUGAGGACCCUCAGUGUGAGAUUGGACUGAUUGCUGGAACGGGCACUAAUUUGUGUUACAUGGAGGAACUGAAGAACAUCAAAAAGACUGAACAGAAGACAGGAAAAGUGGAAAGAGAAGAGGAGACGCCUGAAGGAGGAGAGAAAAAGCAGGCAGAUCAGUCUGAAGGAGUAAAGAAGGAGGGGGAUGCUGAGAAGAUGUGUAUAAACACAGAGUGGGGGGGUCUCGGUGAUGACGGCUCUCUGGAUGAUAUCAUCACACCUUAUGACAUUGAGGUGAACCGAAAUUCUGUGAACCCUGGAAAACAAAGAUUUGAAAAGCUGACCAGUGGGAUGUAUCUAGGAGAAGUUGUGCGUCAGGUGUUGUUGGAUUUAACCAGAGGAGGUCUGCUGUUCAGAGGACACGUCACUGAAGCUCUAAAAACACCAGGAAUAUUUGAAACCAAAUACCUGUCACAGAUAGAGAGUGACCGCCUGGCUCUGCUGCAGGUCAGAUGUAUUCUACAACAGCUGGGGCUCGACAGCAACUGUGAUGACAGCAUCAUUGUCAAAGAGGUGUGUGGAGCUGUGUCACGUCGUGCAGCUCAGCUGUGUGGGGCAGGAAUGGCAGCUGUGGUAGAUAAGAUCAGGGAGAACAGAGGAUUGGAACAUUUGAACAUCACUGUGGGAGUAGACGGGGCUCUCUACAAACUACAUCCACAUUUCUCUCGAAUCCUUCAAGAGACUGCCACAGUUAUGGCUCCUCAGUGUAACGUGACCUUCAUGCCAUCAGAGGAGGGCAGUGGGAAAGGUGCUGCUCUCAUCACAGCUGUGGCCCUACAUAAGCAGGAGAUCUAACUUCACACAACUGAAGCACAAAGGAUUUGAACAGAGUUUAUAUUCAUAUAAAUUCCUACUUGAUGAUUCAGAACAAUCCGCUCCCUCUGCACUGCUGCUAUUGUCCCAAACAACGGAAUUAGUAACAACUUUUUCGCACCUGACAGCAAAAAAACUCACCUAAAGAACAUAAUACAUGCUAACUCCUCACAGGUUCCCACCCUGUGAACAAAGCUGUUUGUGCUACAUAGUGCACAGAGCUGGAAUAAAAACAUUGCUGCCAGGGAUUAAAUUUCAGUCCCCAAAGAUAUUAAGGAAAUGGAUUACAGAUAUUAGAUUUUACAAAAUUAACAUAAAGCUGGUCAGCCAGCAUCUCUGGAGAGAAAAGCUUCCUAUAUGUUUUUCCUUUAUUCUUUAUUUAGUGACUGUUUGAGAUAAAGCACAGGCUUCCCAAAUGUUAAUCCAAAUGUAUGAAAUAAUAUCUGAUUCUUGAUGGCUUUUAAACCGAUCCUUUCACCCUUCGCCCUUUUCUUGAGUCAGUGUUGGGAAGGUUUCACAGUCAUAGCUUCACAAUCACAUGACAGAGUUUACCACACACUGAUUAGUCUUUGAUACGGAGUCUGUGUUGGUUUUGGGGAGGAUGGAACUCUCAUAUCAGUAAUCACACCCUGCAGACUACUCAAGGUUAACACUUAAUGUGAGACCAAAUAAACAUGAAUGUCACUACUGAAAUGUUCACCAUGUUGACACUGAUGAUAAGACACAGUCGCCAGAAUUUGAUAAUGCUCGGCCUACUUACGAUGUGUUUCCUUUGGCUGGCUUUAGCUCUUCUUUGGGUGUGUGCACUAAUUCUACUGUGUUUGAAGUCUGUCAUAUGGCCUUGAACUGCAGACGUGUCAAAGAAUUGUUUUAAUAGCGCACUGCAGAAACAGCCUUUUAGCCUAGCGAUACAUUUGACUGUUAAAAGGAAGCAGCAUUAGAUGUUUGUUGUUUUUUCUCAGAAAAACACAAUUCAUGCCUUUUAAGGACAAAAAGGAGAAGAGGUAACACUUUGUCCACAGGAGAAGCCAAAACUGACACAACCCUAAAGUUUUUUGCAGGAGCUUCAAGAAGUUUUUUGAAGUAUCCCUGCAAAAUAAAUUUUGUUUUUUUCCGUGUUUAA